GGGGCCUGAGGGCCGGAACAGCCGCGGCAAGUGGCGGCGGCAUCGGCGGAGGCAGCUGAGACGGCGGCAGUGCGCGGGGGUCCGGGCAGCGACGGCGGCGAGCCGAGGAGGCGGGCGCGAUGGAGCGGAAGAGGUGGGAGUGCCCGGCGCUCCCGCAGGGCUGGGAGAGGGAAGAAGUGCCCAGAAGGUCGGGGCUGUCGGCCGGCCACAGGGAUGUCUUUUACUAUAGCCCAAGCGGGAAGAAAUUCCGGAGCAAGCCCCAGCUGGCACGGUACCUGGGUGGCUCCAUGGACCUGAGCACCUUUGAUUUCCGGACGGGCAAGAUGCUGAUGAGCAAAAUGAACAAGAGCCGGCAGAGGGUGCGGUACGACUCCCCCAGCCAGGUCAAGGGCAAGCCUGACUUGAACACAGCCCUCCCGGUCAGGCAGACGGCAUCCAUCUUCAAGCAGCCAGUGACCAAAAUCACCAACCACCCCAGCAACAAGGUGAAGAGUGACCCCCAGAAGGCCGUGGAGCAGCCCCGGCAGCUGUUCUGGGAGAAGAAGCUGAGUGGCCUGAACGCCUUCGACAUCGCAGAGGAGCUGGUGAAGACCAUGGACCUCCCCAAAGGCUUGCAAGGCGUGGGUCCUGGCUGCACAGACGAGACACUGCUCUCGGCCAUCGCCAGUGCCCUGCACACCAGCACCAUGCCCAUCACUGGGCAGCUCUCAGCCGCCGUGGAAAAGAACCCCGGGGUGUGGCUCAACACGGCCCAGCCGCUUUGCAAGGCCUUCAUGGUGACGGACGAGGACAUCAGGAAGCAGGAAGAGCUGGUGCAGCAAGUUCGCAAGCGGCUGGAGGAGGCGCUGAUGGCCGACAUGCUGGCCCAUGUGGAGGAGCUGGCCCGGGACGGCGAGGCCCCUCUGGACAAGGUGGGUGCCGACGAGGAGGACGAGGAUGAGGACGACGACGAGGAGGAGGAGCCUGACCAGGACCAGGAGAUGGAGCACGUCUAGAGCAGGUGCCAGGUGGACCCCAGGCCAUAUCAUGCACUCCAGCCGUGACUGCAGGAUGGGGGGGCGGUCCAUGGAACCUACCUCUGGGCAGUGGCAGCAGUGCUGGGCUGGCACAUCCCCAAGAGUUCCUGUCUCCAUGGAGAACGAGCUGAUGGUGUGCUCUUCCUGUCCCAACAGAGGCCUGCCCGCCAGGCCACCUUCGGACUCAGCCCUUGCCACGCUGGGACCAGGCUUGGUGGCCCAGCCCAGCCAGGAGGAAGGUGGCUUCUCCUCACCCUGUCCAGGUGUGUCCCCUCCCCCAGGUCUCGGGGGCACGGCUGGAGGAUGGCCCUUGCCCGUCAUACCUGCCACAUUUGCUCUUGUCUCAUGAGCCUGGGGCCAUCACUGCGAGUCGCUCCAGGGCUCUGUCUGCAGCAGGCCCUUCGGUGGGGUCAUCGCUCACUCUGGACGUAGACCAACUGGUCCCUGCGGCCACUGUCCUGGGCUCCUCACACAGGACAACUGCCACCAGGCAGCCUGUAGAGCUCCCCAUGGGGCUGGAGAAACAUUUUGGAACAGUCUUGCCUCCGGACCUGUGCAAGCGAGAAGUCACGUUCAGGGUCCCCAUCAGCUCUUCCACAAGGGGUGCGGGAAGGCUCCCCUGUGCCCACUGGUGGGGCAGGGCACACCUGAAGCAGAUGGUUCCUUCAAUAAAUCCAUGGGACAAAUGAGGCCGGAUGUCCCCGUAGCUGCUCCACCCUCUGUGUUGGCCUCAUGUGGACAGGAACUCCGGCCUUGGCGCCCCGGGGGCACAGCUGGAGGAUGGCCUUGCUGUCUGUCCAACUGCCUGACAGUCGAUGCCAUGGAUGGAGAACUACUCAAAGCUGGGCCCACCAGGCCAGGCUUCUGAGGCAGCCUUCAGCAGGGACAGUGACACUCACCUGGCAGGGCGGGGCCUCAUGCCUCCUAUCCCUCCCGCGUCCCUCCUGAGGCGUGUUUCACACUUGGGCCCAGGCAGCAGCCUCGGCCAAGCAUCGGGUUUAGAGGCCAUCAGAGUCCUGCUACUUACCUCCUGCAGCCGGAGUGCCCUUGGCCAGGGCAGCUUCCUCUGCCUUGAGUGGACCCCAGCCAGCUCCCCUCCCUCAGCUAGAGAUGUGAACCAUGGGCCAGUGGCACCCCACAGCCAGCCAGCCUUGUCUCAGCCCUGCCUUGUCUGCAGCUGACUGACAGGGGGCCCAGGUCACUGCCCGUUUGGCCACUCUGAGCUGUGCUGUGGAGGGCUUGCUGGGCAGGGAUGAUGGUGACAGUGGGAGCCCCUCAGGGCAGUGGCUCGCUGCCUGGUCCCAGCCAGGGCUCUGGCCCGGAGGUUGGGCUGACCACAUCCUUCCAAGUCAAAGCACAAAACCCUAAGGACCGUGAACUCUGCCCCGCAGAGGCUGCAGUACCAAUGCCAGGGGCCAGGAAGACCCCUCUGCUGAGGCUGCGGCACUGAGGGAAAACUGGGUGGGGCCACACGAGGCUCCUCUGGUUGGCAUCGAAUAAAGCGUGUUGGGCAAA